UGGAGAGUACGAUGCACAUGGCAGCUGUCGCCUGGACCUGCGUCGCAUGGCUCGUCGCCGCCACCAUGGCCGCGCCUCCGACCAGCUUCUUCGACUUCGUCGUCAAGGGCGCCGACGGCGCUGACGUGCCGCUCUCGCGCUACGCAGGCUCCAAGGCCAUCUUGGUGGUCAACGUCGCCAGCGCAUGCGGCUUGACCGACUCCAACUACCGCGAGCUGCAGGCGCUGUACACCAAGUACCACGACCAAGGCCUCGAGAUCCUCGGGUUCCCGUGCAACCAGUUUGGCGCCCAAGAGCCUGGCUCGAUGCGCGACAUCCUCGCCUUGACGCACCACUACGACGUGACGUUUCCCAUCUUCCAAAAGGUCGAUGUGAACGGCCACGACGCCGACCCCGUCUUUGCCUACCUCACCUCCGUCUUGGCCGGCUCGAUCACGAACGACGUCAAGUGGAACUUUUCAAAAUUUCUGCUCGCGCACGGCCAGCCCUAUGCGCGCUACGCACCGACAACGUCGCCCGCUUCGAUCGAAGACGCGAUCGUCCGCAUCCUCCACAGUCGUAGCCACGACGAGCUGUGA